AUUAUAAAAACUACACAAACUUCGUUCUUUUUGUAGUUUAGCUCACAGAAGCAAUCAACAGCAUUCAAUAGGGCGAAAUGUCAACCACCACCACCCCUCUCCUCCGCCACAACCGGUGGCUCCCCUCCUCCAUCAAACUGAAGACAACCCUUUUCUCGGAGCUCUCAGGCGCGGUGGGUGACCUAGGGACUUACAUACCCAUCGUGCUGGCUCUGUCUCUUGUCAACAACUUGAAUCUCACUACCACACUGAUCUUCACUUCGCUCUACAACAUCGCCACCGGCUUGCUCUUCGGCCUCCCCAUGCCGGUCCAGCCCAUGAAGUCCAUCGCCGCCGUUGCCAUCUCCGCCUCGCCGCCGCUCACCAUCGCCCAGAUCUCUGCCGCCGGUCUCUCCGUCGCCGCCGUCCUCCUCGUCCUCGGAGCCACCGGUCUCAUGUCUGUCCUCUACCGCUACCUCCCCCUCCCCGUCGUCCGCGGAGUCCAACUCUCCCAGGGCCUCUCCUUCGCCUUCUCCGCCGUCAAAUACAUUCGCUACGACCAAGACCUCGCCAAAUCAAAAUCCGGCCCUCCACGCCCCUGGUUCGCCCUCGACGGCGUCGCCGUCGCCCUCACAGCCGUCCUCUUCCUCGUCCUCACAACCGGCGCCGGGGACGACCCACCUCCGCCACAACAACAACAAGAAGACGAAAAUGAAAACAGAGUCAGGGUUCGCCGGAGGUUGCGGGUUUUGUCAACUAUCCCUGCAGCGUUGAUAGUGUUUCUGUUUGGUCUGGUGUUGUGUUUUGUUCGCGACCCUUCCAUUUUCGGAGAUCUUAAGUUUGGGCCUUCGAAGAUUUCCUUGGUUAAGAUUACCUGGGAAGAUUUUAAGGUUGGAUUCGUCAGCGCCGCAAUUCCUCAGAUUCCGUUAUCCGUUCUGAAUUCAGUUAUUGCAGUUUGUAAGCUCUCCGGGGAUUUGUUUCCCGAACGUGAAGCUUCGGCGAUGCAUGUUUCAGUGAGUGUGGGACUUAUGAAUUUCGUGGGGUGUUGGUUCGGAGCCAUGCCCUGUUGCCACGGAGCUGGAGGUUUGGCGGGACAGUACAGGUUCGGAGGUAGGAGUGGUGCUUCGGUGGUUUUCCUUGGGAUUGCAAAGCUCGUGCUUGCUCUGGUUUUCGGGAACUCCCUCGGAAGAAUCUUGGGCGAGUUUCCGAUUGGGAUUCUUGGAGUGCUUUUGUUGUUUGCAGGGAUUGAAUUAGCCAUGGCUGCCAGAGACAUGAACACUAAACAAGAAUCGUUCGUUAUGCUUGUUUGUGCUGCUGUUUCACUCACUGGUUCAAGUGCUGCUUUGGGAUUUUUUGUGGGCAUUGUGCUAUACUUACUCCUCAAAUUGAGGGAGCUUGAAUGUGGAGCUUUUCCCUUUGGAUUUUGCUCAUCCAAAACCACCAAGUCUUCUCAGGAAGAAGAACAUGCAAGCUUAAUUGCUUAGACAACAAUUUUUAUUCCUAUAUAUAUAUACUCUAUGUUCCAGAAAAUGAUCAGCAAUGUUGUGAUCAUGUGGGAAUGUUUCUGUAUUUGUAUUGAUUUAAUAUUUUAGAGUGAGGAUGUAUAGUGUAGAAAACUAUAUGUAGUUAGAGAUAUCAGAGUUUGUUUAUCCAUUUGAAUAAGGAACUUUUGGCAAACCAGAAUGCUGGUGGAGUGGGGAACAUCUGAAGAUGGCACAAAAAAUUUAGGACUUCACAGUUCAUAAUUCAGUGUUUGGAUUUUGGAUUUACUCGCUUUUCUGCUGAAAAGCGCUUAUUGCAGCUGGGGAAAGUAUCCGUAUAGUUCCACAAUUAUAGGAUAUUGUUAAGUUGUCACAUGAAAGUAUUUUAUGUAUAUAUAAAUUUAUGUUUAUUUCUUUUGUUUA